UUAUGUCAUUCGAUCUUGAUGCAGCAGAAAGGGCAGCAUAUGCACCAUUCUUUGGAUAUAUUGGAGCGGCAUCUGCCCAAAUCUUUACCGUUUUUGGUGCGGCUUAUGGAACUGCGAAGUCUGCAGUUGGCAUUUGUUCGAUGGGUGUAAUGCGACCCGAGCUUAUAAUGAAAUCUGUAAUUCCUGUAAUUAUGGCAGGUAUUAUUGGUAUUUAUGGUCUUGUCGUUGCAAUGGUCCUGAAAGGAAAAGUUGGACCAGCUAGUGCAGGAUAUACACUUGAGAAGGGAUUCUCACAUUUAGCUGCUGGACUUACUUGCGGACUUUGUGGACUCGGUGCUGGUUAUGCCAUCGGAAUUGUUGGCGAUGCUGGUGUCCGUGGAACUGCACAACAGCCUCGUCUUUUCGUCGGAAUGAUUCUUAUCUUGAUUUUCUCUGAGGUGCUUGGACUUUAUGGCAUGAUUGUAGCCUUGAUUUUGGGUACAGGAUCUUAG